UCAUCUCCUACCGCGGCACCGAUCUUGUUCAGUUUUUCCUCCCGAUACUGAUUAUUGGUUUUCAUAAAUAGUUCGUUCCCAGUGAGAAUUUCUCAGACCCACUAUGAGGAAACCAAAAUCCAAGAAAUCAUCAGUUCGUCAAGAAAAACGGCUAUCAGAGGUACACGAAAUCGAAUUACUUGAAUCAUGGAUAAAUUCUGGAAAACCAGAUUCAGGUACAAAUCCAUCAGCUAUGAAACCAUUACCAUCAAAAUCUCCAGUUGGUAAAAUAGGUGAAGAUACCUACUCUACUUAUGUAGGUUGUACAAAAUUUAAACAAUUACCUAUGUCAAAGAAAACUAUUGAUGGUUUAGUUAAAGGAAAGUAUAAAGAAAUGACUGAUAUUCAACGUGCUUCAUUGCCACAUUCAUUAUGUGGUAGAGAUAUACUGGGUGCUGCCAAAACUGGCUCUGGAAAAACUCUUGCCUUUGUCCUCCCGAUAUUAGAGAAGUUGUAUAAAUUGAGAUGGGGUCCUGAAGAUGGAGUUGGAAGCAUUAUAAUUACUCCCACAAGGGAAUUAGCGGGUCAAAUUUUUGAGGUACUGACUGAGGUAGGGAAGCACCAUGGUUUCAGUGCUGGACUUCUAAUUGGUGGACGCAAAGAUGUUGGAGCUGAGAAGGAGCGUGUUAAUGAGUUGAACAUCUUGGUGUGUACUCCCGGACGGCUUCUUCAGCAUAUGGAUGAGACUCCAAACUUCGAUUGUUCACAACUUCAGGUUUUGGUGCUAGAUGAAGCAGACAGGAUUCUUGAUGACGGUUUUAAAGCGGAGAUGAAUAAUAUUAUAUCACAGCUCCCAAAGCAGCGGCAGACCUUACUUUUCUCAGCUACUCAAACAAAGUCUGUCAAGGAUCUUGCUAGAUUGAGUUUGAAAGAUCCAGAGUAUAUCAACGUGCAUGAGGAGGACGCGGAUGCCACCCCUUCUCUUUUGCAACAAACGGCAAUUAUUGUUCCUCUUCAUCAGAAGUUGGAUAUGUUAUGGAGCUUUAUAAAGGCGCAUCUGAAAUCAAAGAUUCUUGUAUUUCUGUCAACAUGCAAACAGGUAAAAUUUGUCUUUGAAGUGUUUAAGAAGCUGCAUCCAGGAAUUCCCUUAAAGUGUCUACAUGGGCGGAUGAAGCUCGAGAGAAGGAUGAUCAUAUAUUCCCAGUUUUGUGAGUCUGAAACGUGCUCAGUCCUCUUCUCAACCGACGUUUCUUCAAGAGGCCUUGAUUUCAAGAAGGAGCCAGUCGAUUGGGUUGUACAGGUGGACUGUCCAGAUGAUGAAAAAUCUUACAUUCACCGAGUUGGUCGCACUGCUCGUAAUUGUGCUGUAGGGAAAUCUGUGUUAUUUCUUGAUCCCUCGGAAGAAGAAAUGCUCAAAAAAUUGCACUCAAAAAAAGUACCAAUAAAGUUGAUUAAGGCAAACACGAAAAAGUUGCAGUCAGUUUCUGGGUUAGUGGCUGCAUUACUAGUUAAGUAUCCAAGUAUGCAGCUUCUCGCUCAAAGGGCUUUCGUCACAUAUGUUAGAUCUAUACAUAAACAGGGAGAUAAAGAAGUGUUCGACGUUACGAAAGUUCCCAUUGAGGAGUUCUCUGCGUCACUAGGUCUUCCUAUGACCCCAAAGCUCCGUUUCUUGAAUAAGAAAACUAUAUCAAAACCAUUGCUAGAAGUUGUGGCUUCUCAAGAAGAGAAUGCCACAAGUGAUGAUGUAUCAAUGUUGCUGAAACUGAAAAAGGUCAACAAUAGCCAGCCAGAUGGUGAAGCUGAAAAUGAUCAGGAUACUCAAAUGGAUGGAGGAAAUAAAGCUACAAACGAGAAUAAUCUCUUGGUAGCCAGGGUUCCGAAGAAAAAGAAGCUUAAAAUAAAUCCGCACAGGCCAUUUGGGACAAGGCUUAUCAUUGAUGAAGGCGAUUUACUUCCUCCACUUGCAACAAUUUCCAAGAGAGACAAUGGCUCCAUUGAGGUUGACAGAGAGUCUAUAAAAGCAUUCCGUGCGAACCAACUGGAAGAUAUGAAAAAACGGGACAAAGAGGAUAAAGUUUUGCAAAAAAAACGACUUCAAGAGAAGCGAACAAAGCAGAAGGAGAAGGAGAAGAGAGGGAGAGAUGAAAGAGAAAGCGAAGAAGAUGGUGAGCUUACCUCUGGAUCAGAUAGAGAAGAAGCAGGUGCCAGAUCCAACAAGAAAUUAAAGACACAUUUUGACAGCGGUAGCAACGACGGUGGGAGGGCCAAGAGGGACAAACUUGAAAUUAAUCCAGACUCAGUUUCUCUUGCUGAACAGGAAGCCAUUGCUCUCAAGUUGUUGAGUUCCAUGCACUCUUAGCUGAUUGAUAUUUCGCAAGUGCGAAUACUGAAAUCCAACUGCUUUUGAGUACAAGUUACCUUCUAAUGUGAACUUUUAUCUGUGUUUAACAUAUUUCCCCCUUCUUUUUCUCAUAACAGUUUUGAUAUCUGAUGUAGAAAGAAAAACCAAUUACACUAUAUGUGCCUUCUUUAAAUACAAUUGUUUGGAAA